UUUUGUCCCGUCGUACCGUUUUAGGUGUUAACAAGGGUGGCCAUUAAUAUGCAAUGUCACAUUCUACCGCUAGAUGUCGGUGUUACACAGCCUGCACAUCUAGGUUAAGACUGGGGAACUGCUGCAUGGAGGAUGACAGUCACUGCAAGUUUUGCAUUGCUUUUCUCGGAAAACUAAUUAACAAUUGGCGGCACCUUGGCGCAGAGGCACUGUUUGCAUGUUCUCCCCGUGUCAGUUCCCCCGGGUACUCCGGUUUCCCCCACAAUCCAAAAACAUGCUGAGGUUAAUCGGAGGUACCAAAUUGCCCGUAGGUGUGACUGUGUCAGUGUGCCCCGCGAUGGGGUGGCGCCCCACCCUGCGCUGUUACCUGCCUUGCGCCCGUAGCCUCCGUGAUUAGCUCCCCACCCCCGCGACCAAGCAUAGGACAAGCGGUUACAGAAAAUGGAUGGGUGGACUUGGUGAUCUUACAUUAUAUCCCAAUUAUGAUUUCCCUAUAGCAGCCACAUCUGCUCUAGAUAACAAAAUCUCUUGAUCCAGAAAGUGGCGCUCCCAAUGAUCUUCCUGAAAUCCCAAUCGUUUGCACAAUUAUCAGUAAAUUAUUCAACUACCAGUGCACUCUUUCUUGAGGACCACCACCCCCGCCCAAAAGAUUACUAGAAUAAUAUUAAGUUCUAUAAACGAAGUGGUGGCUCUGAGGCUAGGGAGCUGUGCCAGCAACUGGAAGGUCGCUGGUUCAAAUCCCAUGAAUGCCUAGAGUGAUUCUACUCUGUCGGACCCUUAAUCUGCAGUUGCUUUGGAACUAUAAGAAGGUCCUCCAAUUUACAGGGGAAAAACUUGGGGGUUUGGUGGCAGGGUUUCUACUCCAGCCACUGCCGCAUGGCUGCACUUCGGAGAACAUGGCUGGUUCUCAUCCCUGAGGUGGUUUGUCAUGUGGUGGGUGUGGCAACGCGCUGUAUCAGUGCAUGAUCCUGAUCUCUCUCUAUAAACAUGAAACCUCCAACUUUGUUGUUGAUCAGUUAGAGGCGUGAGUCCUACUCAAAACUGAUAUGUUCACAUUUGCACCACCCAGUAAACGUUUAAAAAUAUUUUACAGCAAUGCGUGUAAUAAAAGAUCAAAACAACACAGCAACACAAAUAUCUGGUGAGCUAAUGAAAUCAAGCGGUACUUCUUGAAGUACCCCGUUGCUGAGGUGAAGGGGAGUGCGAGCGGUUACCUAAAAAUAGCGGGAUCUACAGAGUAAAGUUUAUUAUGUAUUUUAUGAUUACAUAAAUAGGCCGGUGCGCGUCGUGAUGGGCUGACGUAAGUCUUUGUCACAUAUACAAGACGAGAGCUCCUUCUGCAUGAAUGCUAUUGAGAAAUAUCCCAACAAUGACUGUUUCACCAGAGUAGGGGAACAGCUCCCUAAAGUACAGUGUCCGAUGCAGCAGACUCGAGCCAUUUUAGAGCACCGCUUACCGAUUACUAAUUAAUAUAUAACAAAGAACAAUGACAUAGUUACGAACACCCUCCCAUUGCUGCCAGUACGUGUUAGGGGGAGUUAGGCGUUCGCGUGUGCGCAGGCGCAGUUCCCGGAGCGACUGCGGACGCGAUACUGGAGCCAACCGGCCAAGGCGCAAUGAGGCGUCCAGCCUCCAGCCCACCCCUCGGGGCAGAAAAGGACUUCAGUCUGGGACACUCCCACUGGAGCAGGUUAUUGCGUGCUCUCACACAGGAAUCAUCACUAUCUCUGUGCUUUUUUAUUUUUAAAAAAAGGAAAAACAUUUUUCAAGUUAAAUUUUAAAAUCAGAGUAAAGCACCAAUAGUUAGUAACUCGUGGAAUUAGCCUCGUCCUUUGGUUACCUGGUUCCGCGGUGAUCGGCGCGGAGUGGAUGCAGGUUUGACGCCCCCGGAGCGGCCAUGGGUCUGUACCCCUUGGAGUUCAGCGAGUGCUCCCUGGACAGCCCGUCAUUCAGAGAGCGCAUCCGGGCGCACGAAGCGGAGCUGGACAAAACCAGCCGCUUCAUAAAGGAGCUUCACAGGGAGGCCAAGAACCUCAUCAGUGCCACCACACAGUUGGGUGUGGCCCAGAGGCGCUUUGCAGAAUGUCUCGGCAUGUUCCAGUUCGAGUACGUCGGAGACGCCAAGACGGACGACGAGAAAUGCAUCGACGAGUCUUUGCAGGAGUUUUCCUCUUUCCUAAAGAACUUGGAAGACCAGCGGGACCUGAUGAUGCAGAACAUCACAGAGACUCUCCUGAAUCCCCUGGAACGAUUUCGUAAGGAGCAGCUGGGCUCAGCCAAGGAAGGAAAAAAGAAGUAUGAGAAGGAAACGGAAAGGUACUACAGCUCCCUGGAGAAGCUUUUAACUGUGUCAGCGAAGAAGAAAGACCAGCAUCUGCAGGAGGCGGACCUGCAGGUGCUGAGGCAGCGGUUCCAGGAGGAGUCUCUGGAGUACAUCUGCAAGCUGCAGGAGAUACAGGAGAGGAAGAAGUACGAGUGUGUGGAGCCGAUGCUGGCCUUCUUCCAGACCGUCUUUACCUUCUACCACCAGGGAUAUGAACUGGCGAAGGACUUCGACCAUUACAAGCGGCAGCUGCAGAUUAAUAUUCAGAACACGAGGAGCCGUUUCGAGGGCACCCGGUCCGAGGUGGAGGAGCUCAUGAAGAAGUUCAAAGGAGCCCCAAGGGAGCACCGACAGAUCAGCCCCAUCAGCGUCGAGGGCUACCUCUACGUGCAGGAGAAACGGCCUCCGCCCUUUGGGUCCAGCUGGGUGAAGCGUUACUGCACCUACAUCAAGGAGCAGAAGGUGUUGCACAUGGUGACGUUCGAGCACCGGUCGGGAGGCAAGAUCGGUGAGACGGACUCCGUCACCUUAAAGUCGUGCUCGUGGAAAACUGCGGACGCACUGGACCGGAGGUUCUGCUUCGACAUUGAGAUCUCUGACCGACCCAGCCAGGUCCUCAUCGUCCAGGCCCUGUCGGAGGAGGACCGGAAGUUCUGGAUGCAGGCCAUGGGUGGGACGGAGCCCGUUUGUUACCUAAAGAAGUUUUAUUCAAAAGAGAGAGGCAUUGAUGCACAGUUGGACCAAGUGGGAUUUACCUUUGUAAAGAACUCCAUCAGUGCUGUGGAAAAAAGAGGCAUCAAAGACCUCGGACUUUACAGAGUUGAAGGCGUCGUGUCUAAGAGUCAGAAGCUCCUGAACAUGCUGAUCAAUGGGAAAGGCGACGAUGAGCUGAAUCUGAGCACGUCUGAUGAAUGGGAUCUCAGGACCAUAACCAGUGCUUUAAAACUCUACCUCAGGAGUCUUCCUGAACCUCUGAUGACCUACAGCCUGUACAAGGACUUCAUCAACCUCGCCAGUGAGUGGCCGUCUUUUCAUCUGGCAGCCUUACAGCAUGCUAACUGCACUCUUAUUUGCAUUUUUCCGGGUCAGGAAUUCAGUGAGUUGCCUUGGAUUGAUAUGGUCCUGGCUGUACCGCAGAUCUUUGGCUGCCCCCCUGAGGUACAGUCUUUUGGAGCUUCCACCCAGCAGUCCAGCAGACGGGACGACCACGGCGGGCCGGGGGCACCAUCCGACCCACAGGAAGCUGAUGUCGAGGCAGCUGCGAGCACAAACUCAACUCCAGAUGAAAUGUCUUCAGCUACCAGGGAGUCCAGCUCUCCUCCUCCGGCAGAAGAGAGUGGGCAGCCUGCAGGCCACGUGGAGGGGCCUCCCAGGCCCUACUCGUCCAUGGUGAUGUGGAUCAACUCCGAGCCCCUCCCCCCCCCAGCCGCCGAUCAGGGUGACGAGCAUGUGGAAAGGGCGGCCCGGGCGGUGUUCUCGUGCGAAGCAGGACACGCUUCUGAGCUCUCCUUCCAGAUUGGCGCGAUAUUCCACCGCGUGACUGACUCGAAGGAGCCCGGCUGGCUGGAGGGUGAGCUGGACGGCAAGAGAGGCCUCAUACCAAAGAACUACGUGGUGAUGCUAUAAACCCAAAACAGUCAGACGGUAUCCAUGACAACGCAUCUCCCCGGCGACCCACGGCGAGUUUGGGGCACACCUUCAACCCAGAACCUGCCAAAGAUGAUCAUUGUAAAUCUGAAUCUCAAAAGGGAAAAUGUGCAAGGUGUGAUUUAAAGGAUAAGGCUGACAAAAAGUUGAAUGUAUUUUAAAUUUUUAGAUUUUGUCUCAUUUCUGUUUUAAUAAUAUGCAUGUAUUGUGAUAUCUGUGUGGUGUUAAUGUACACAGAGACAGGUAUUUAUAUGAUGAAUAACCUGCAGAGUAGCUCUAUAAAACGUAUAAAGUGACCUAUUAAAAACAAGCUUUUUAACUGACUGCCCGUGGGAAGGAAGGACAAUCACUGAGCUGAUCAGCUGACCUUGACUCUCUUCUGUGUUUUGGUGACAUCAUCUUUAGAUGUUUGUCACCGUCUGUGCUGUACUGCACCAUGUGCUGUGAAUGUUUUCAUAGCCCAUUGCGGAAGCUAAAUAGCCACUGUACAUAAAACAGAAGGUCCUUGUAGGGUUUGUUAAACCAUUGAUAGAUGAUAUCACACUGGAGUCACUGGCUUCCAUUGCCCGUCUGCAGUGGUGUAUUUGUAUGCAUUAGUUCUGAGUGAUUAAAAGGCAGUCGGGCGUUUUGUUUUAGCUCCGAUGAUGCUUCCAGAAUCUCUGGAAGUACCUUUAUAACGUCCAUCUCUGGCCUGUGCAACCUGCUCCUCUCUGCAUUUAAUGUUCUCAUUUUAAAAUGCAGCCAAUAUGCGGAUUCUUCUUUCUUUUGUCAAAUAAAACAUUUAUGAUCGCA